UCUCUCUCUCUCCCUUUCUCUGUGAGUAAGUUUGAUGGAGAGUCCACAGUGCCUCCUAGUGCAGCCGUGUGAGAACUGACGGACCGAAUCCAUCGUGACGGGGUCCAGGACAAGCCCUUCUUGGUGCGGUUUCUGCUCUGUACUCACCAUCCAGGGCUGGGUGACAGCUCUGUGCAUCGCGGCUGAAACACAGCUGUGUUGGAAACAGUGGUGGGCAGCUGUGCUGGAACCACUUCCGGCAGGCUGGCCCCAGGUGGGAGAGAGGCCUCCUCCUGGGAGGAACCCGUGUCUAGCAGGAAGCCGCCGGCCGGUGGUUCUGAGCUGCUCCCCUGGGGGAAGUGAGGACCUAGGCUUUGCUGCCCACCGGAAACCCCCUUCUCCACUGCACGUCCGCGUCCCGGGCCCUGCCCCAGGCGGGAUCAGGAAACUGCAGAGAUCUUUACAGGAAAAGCCCUGCAUUCUGUGAACUUUGUCCUCACGCUCAGGAGUGGGUUUCUAGUAAACUGGCAUUGGCCGACAUGCAAGGGGCCAGGCUUUCCUACUUCUGUGACGCUGGCGGGGAGCAGAGGCUUCGGGUGGAGCUCGGGACACUUGCGUGGUGUGAGGCCCUCGGCUCCCAGACCAGUUUCGCUGCUGCGUUUGCAUCAUGAACGAGAAAAGCAGUGGAGGUGUCGUGAGGACCCAACCACGCCACACUGGACACUCCCUGGGUGUUCAUGGACCUUUAUCCACGUCUCCUCUAGAGUGAGCCGAAGUUCAGCGUGGGGGGGUCUGCACAGCCACCACACCCUGCCCGUGCCACGCUGCCUUGGCGUCUGUCCCCUCCGGCCUGGACAGUCCUUGCACACCUGUACUCCCCUGCUGCUUCCUGGCCACUUCAGACCAGCUCCAGCAGGAGCAAACCAUCUCCAGUAACCUCCACGCUUGCCCUCCUGGGGUGGGUGUCUUCGAAGCUUCCUUGUAACUUAGUCAUUCUGUACUGCAGUUGGUGAGUCUGUAUGAAACCUCUGCGGCUUAACUUUCUGCAUGGUUUCGACUGCUACCAUUUAACGGUGUGCAAAAAUGCUCUUGAUAAACAAUGGACCCACAUGGUAAUGAACUUCCAUGAGCUAGUGUUUACACAGCUCAUGCAAUCUUCCUCCGUCUUCACAGGCUACCCUGACGCCGUCUGGAUUCACAUCCCCAGGAUACAGCCUGGGCCUAGUCUCCAUUUACAAUGAUUUUUAGUCACAGAUAUGAUCACGGAGCCAUCUUUUCCACUACUACUAUGACGUUUGUUUUUUCUUCCAGAAAGUAAAGACAUAAUUUAUGAAGAAAACUUGUCACAUACAUUUAAUACUUUAGCCUCAUUCUUGAGAAUUUAUCCUAAGGGAGUUAUUUUUAAAAAUCACCAAAUUAUAGAUUUUUUUAAAUGAAGAAUCCUAAAUAUGGGUUUGACUAAGUCCAAUAUGUCCCUUUUAUUGAAAAUGCUAUAAACUCAAUAGGAAAAAGUGUGGUGUUAUGUAUGCCGUAUAAAACGCUGUCAUAGAAAGUGUUGCAUGUGGGGCCAGCGCUGUGGUGCAGUGGGUUAAUGCCCUGGCCUGAAGCGCCGGUAUUCCAUAUGGGCGCCAGUUCUAGUCCCAGCUGCUCCACUUCUGACCCAGCUCUCUGCUAUGGCCUAGGAAAGCAGUAGGAGAUGGCCCAAGUGCUUGGGCCCCUGCACCCAAGGGAGGCCCGGAAGAAGUUCCAGGCUCCUGGCUUUGGAUCGGCACAGCUCCGGCUGUUGUGGCCAAUUCAGGGAGUGAACCAGUGGAUGGAAGACCUCUCUCUGCCUCUGCUUCUCCUUUCUUUGAGUAACUCUGACUUUCAAAUGAAUAAAUCAUGAAAGAAAGAAAGAAACAAACAAACAAACAAACUAACUAACUGUUGCAUGUAAGCAAAAUAGGACUACACAACUGUCAGGCCAGGCGGGUUCUAGGAUUGCCGCUUUCAUGAGCCUGAUUUAGCCUAUUCCAUCCUAUUUCAUGGAUACCGGCAGAACAAGACUUCCGGGUGAGAACCAAGUGUUGCUCCUCGCGGCAGAGCAGUCCCUGGUUGAUGUCCUUUCGUGUUGCUCCUCCCGCUCCCGAGUCCCAGGACUGCAUAUAAAGGACACACCAUGAACACCUGCACACGAAGUCUGCACUACAAAGGGACCGGAGCCUGGCGACGCCCCGCUUCCAGGGCGCAGAGCGUGUCUGCUCUUCCUGGAGGGACACAACCUGGGAACGGGGGGACGUGGUGGAUCUGGGGGCGUUCUGAGCCCGCACACAGCAAGCAGACAUGUCUUUGGAUGACAUUAAAAUGAAGUCCAGUGACUUCCUGGAGAAGGCGGAUCUGGACAGCGGCGGCUUCGGGGAGGUGUCUCUGUGCUUCCACAGACUCCACGGCUUAGUGAUCCUGAAGAAGGUGUACACAGGGCCCAAGCGUGCCGAGUACAACGAGUCUCUGCUCGAGGAGGGGAGGAUGAUGCACAGGCUGAAGCACAGCCGGGUGGUGGAGCUCCUGGGCGUCGUCAUGGAAGAGGGGAACUACUGCCUGGUGAUGGAGUACAUGGAGAAGGGCAGCCUGAUGCACGUGCUCAAAGCCGAGAUCAGUAUCCCGCUUUCUGUAAAAGGAAGGAUCAUUGCAGAGACCAUCGAAGGGAUGUGCUACCUGCACGGAGAAGGUGUGAUUCACAAGGACCUGAAGCCCGAGAACAUCCUCGUCGACAACGACUUCCACAUUAAGAUCGCCGACCUUGGCGUUGCUUCCUUUAAGACGUGGAGCAAACUGACUAAAGAGGAACACAACGAGCAGAGGAAAGUGAAUAGCACCCGCAAGAAAACUGGCGGCACCCUGUGCUACAUGGCCCCCGAGCACCUGAAUGACGUCAACGCGAAGCCCACGGAGAAGUCGGACGUGUACAGCUUUGCCAUCGUACUCUGGGCAGUCCUUGCCAAUAAGGAGCCGUACGAAAAUGCCAUCUGUGAGCAGCAGCUGAUUCUCUGCAUAAAGUCCGGCAACCGGCCCGACGUGGACGACGUCGCCGAGGACUGCCCCGGGGAGCUCAUCCGCCUCAUGGAGCUCUGCUGGGAGGCGGACCCGAGAGCGCGGCCCACGUUCCCUGAUAUUGAAGAAAGAUUUAGACCGUUUUAUUCAAGUCAUUACGAGGAAUUCGUAGAAGAGGAUGUGAAGAGCUUAAAGAAGCGGUAUCCGGAGCAGAGUGCAGUCGUGAAGAGAAUGCAGUCUCUCCAGCUGGACUGUGUGCCAGUGCCUCCGAGCAGGUCGAAUUCAGCCCAUUACAAUGUGGAUCGUUCCCUCCCAGCCACGGAACAGCCCAGCUCCCUGCACAGUUCCCAGGGCUUCAUGACGGGUCCAGUGGAGGUGUCCUUUUUCUCUGCCUGCCCUGAGAUCUCGCAAGAAGAGAAUGAGCCCAGCCUGCAGAGUAAGCUCCAGGAGGAAGCCAACUACCAUCUUUACGGCAGCCGCAUGGACAAGCAGACGAGACAGCCGCCCAGGCAGAGUGUGGCCUACAGCAGAGAGGAGGAGAGGAGACGGAGGGUUUCCUAUGACCCUUUUGCUCAGCAGACACCCUAUGAAAAUGUUCAGAAAACAGGAAUAAAAGUCCACAGUUACCCUGGUACAACCAGUCAUAGCAAUGCAGCACACCAACCAACAGGACUAACCAGCCAACCCCAACUGCCAUAUUGGAACAAUGGAGUCUACAGUCUACAUGGUUUUGGAACAAGGCCUUUGGAGCCGGGAACAGCAGGUCAAGCAGUUUGGUAUGGGCCAAGUCUAAGCCCAAUGUCAAGUCUGUAUAAAACUCCAGUGCCUGAGACCAACCUACUAGGAAACACGCCCACCAUUCCAUUCAGCUCCUUGUCGCCAGCAGAAGAGUCUAUGAAAUGCAGCAUAUACAACAGCAGUGGCAUUCAGCUUGGAGCCUGUAACUACAUGGAGAUCGGCGGGAUAAGCUCACCACCACUAGAAUGCUUGUGCACAAACUUACAGGAGCCAGCUUCUAAGUACCAAGCCAUCUUUGAUGACACCACGAGUCUGACGGACAAACACCUGAGCCCCGUCAGGGACAACCUGGGAAAACACUGGAAAAACUGUGCCCGGAAGCUGGGCCUCACCGAAUCGCAGAUCGACGAGAUUGACCAUGACUAUGAGCGAGACGGACUGAAAGAGAAGGUUUACCAGAUGCUCCAGAAGUGGCUGAUGCGGGAAGGCACCAAGGGGGCCACCGUGGGGAAGCUGGCCCGUGCGCUGCACCAGUGUUCCAGACAGGAUCUCCUCACCUGUCUGAUACAGCUCAGCCAGAAGUAGCCCUGGGGCCGGGCGGGAGGUCCUGGCAGCGGGAGGCAGACGCCUCACUCAGCGAGGAGCCCAUUGCUAAGAGCUGCCCAGCGCGUCCAGAAUUCUGUUCGCACUGGGACGGGUUCCGUGUCGACAUGAAAAGCAUUUCCCGCACUUUCGGAGCUGCAGGAUGGGAAGAGAAAUCCUGGCAAGCGGAUUCCGGAAAGCAAGAAGACCUCUUCAUGGCCCAGAACCAGUCAGAAGCAGCUCCUGGUUGGCUUUUGAAAGGGAGAGAGAGAUACUUGAGGGAGAUCGCUUUCCAUUAUGCUAAUCAUUCUGUUUCCUGGAGUUUUGUUUGAGAAAGGAAAAAAAAAAAUCAGAGCUCCCUUGUCCACACAGGCUUCUGUUAAAACCCAAGAACUGUGGGGUUCUACGUUCUGCUCAAUAGGCACUUCUGAAUCACGGCCACAGUUCAUCUGCAGACGGCAGAGUCUGUUAACUCCACCGUCGAGUACUCUGUCGGUCACCGCAGGCUUUAUGAAUUGCACGCAGUCUCCUCUCCAUUAUACGCACUUGCACGUUAGCUGACUUUAUACUCAGUUCAUGGGUAAAUGAACCGAGGGUGUCCUGUGGAAUGCUGCGGGGCGGGGGAAGUCGGGUGGGGCGGGGAAAUCAUCAGGUGUUCCAAGAAACUGCUAACUGUGACGACUGCAGAAAGCCUUCGUUUUUUCAGUUCUUCCCUGGUGCCCUGGUCUUUCUGCACAGCCCGGGUCCCUUGAGGAGAGAGUGGGUAUAUGAGGAGCAGUGAUCUCUGCCCCCAGGCAGGACUGGGGCUUGGGGACUGGUCCCUGGGGAGCCGCCGCCUCGGUUUGCCACAGUGUACUGUCGAGGUGCUUUCUCUGUGUGCUAAGAAGUAGACAAGGGACAGUGGCAGAGGCUGCUCACUGUGCCCUGGCACUCGGCCUUUCCGAGCCCACUGGAAACCGGGAGGCAACGCAGGAGCCACAGACGGAAGGUGCCCAGGGCCCCCUGGACAGCGGGAAUGCCAUUGACCUCGCUCUCCCGGGAAGGGGGGGAAGGGAACAGGGGUGGCCAUUCCAGCUGUCAGAACGGAUGCCGGGGUUCUGGGUUGAUAACGUGUUGGUUCUGAUUCUGAAUCCCCUCCAGCUCCAGCAGACACAGCCGGCCAGCCACACCCCCACCCCCAGAAGGAGGCUGCAAAGCAAGGUUUCUCCCUCAACACCCCUGGCAUCUUGAUCAGGAUAGCUCUUUGCCGUGGGCUGUCCCGUGGCUUGCGGAUGCUUGGCAGCACCCUCGGCUUCCACCCACCAGGUGCCCUGAGUGCCGGUUUUCCCCGCCUCCUCCCCUGAGGUGUGACACCCGUCUCCAGAUGUGGCUCCGUGUUCCUCGGAAGGGCACAGCCGCCUCCGUGGAGAACAGAGCUCAGUCUCCUGUCCACACACAGAUCCGGGCUCACCACCCAGCUGCCACUCAGCGUUAGGCCUGCAGAGGGCAAAGAAAGUGCCCUGACUUCCGCAGCAAGGCCUGGGUGUUUCCCUUUAAAAACGAAUUCCCUGUGCCUUCAUUCUGAUGGUGUUCUCAAGUCUCCACAUUCAGAGAUCAGUGUUAAGAGAGAGAAAUAAGAGAGAUUUUAAUGGACCUUCUAGAAUAAAAUGUUAUACCUCUGAA